AGGGGCCUACCUUUGUCGCAUAGCCUCUACUUUGACCUUUGCCCCCUAGGGCUCAAGAUGUUCAUUUUCACCUCUGCGGUGUCUAAGCUGUAGGGCAGGCAGGAGCAGGAGGAAGCAAAACCAGACAGUUGAGAGAGUGGAAGUCUUUUAGCUCUUCUCAAACCACGAGGUGCAGGGAAGCGUUCUUUUUUUCUUACCACAGCCUAGGAUUAAAAACGUCGUUCGGUGUAGUCAUCACUGAUUGGAGAGUGUGCUUUGGUGAUUUCAGUAGGUGGCAGCAACACACCCAGGAAGAGUAGUCCACUUUCCCGUCAACACAAAGAAGAAGUGGGUCUCUUCUUCUCCAAGCGGCUGGCGACCUGUGGACGGCCAGCUGUCUAUUGCUUGUUGUCUGACAAUGUUGCCGUCGCAUUUUCGAUUCCUGUGGGUAUUUUGUUUCGCUCUGAACACCUGCUUCGGAGAAAGGCAACUGAAAUACGUCACAUUACUGUAUCGACAUGGUGACCGGUCCCCAGUCAAGGCCUACCCCACAGACCCCCACCAGGAGAGCGCUUGGCCCCAGGGGUUUGGCCAGCUGACUCGGGAGGGUAUGAAGCAGCACUAUGAGCUGGGACAGAUGCUUCGGAAACGUUACAACGGAUUCCUCAGUGACCACUACAACCGUUAUGAGAUCCAUGUGCGAAGUACUGACUACGACCGGACCCUGAUGAGCGCUGAGGCCAACCUGGCAGGACUCUAUCCUCCCAACAACACACAGGUCUUUGAGGAGAGCGUGCUGUGGCAGCCCAUACCUGUGCACACGGUUCCCCAGAGUGAGGAGAGGUUGUUGUCCUUUCCCCUUGAUGGUUGCCCCCGCUACAACGUCCUUAUGAAUGAGACGGAGCAUUCGGAUAUCUUCCUCAAUGUGACUGAAGAAUACAAAGAUUUCCUGACCAUGGUGCGCAACGUAACUGGCCUGAAGAAAGCCACCCUGGAGAGUAUCUGGAGCGUUCACGAUACACUGUACUGUGAGCGUCUGCACAACAUGACUCUUCCAUCCUGGGUGACUCCUGACGUCAUGGAGACACUGCGGAAGUUGAAGAACUUUGGUUUCCAGAUCAUGUUUGGCGUUUACAAGCAACAGGAGAAAUGCCGGCUUCAAGGAGGCAUCCUCCUGAAUCAGAUCCUUACCGACAUGUCUGCACAUGCUGUUGCUGAACCUAAAGACACCCUAAAGAUGAAUGUGUACUCAGCGCAUGACACCACUAUUGUGGCCCUCCAGUCAGCCCUGGACGUGUUCAACGGAUUGCAGCCUCCCUACGCCUCGUGCCACAUAUUCGAGCUGUGGCAGGAGGAUGAUGGGUCCUUCACCGUGUCCAUGUUCUUCCGGAACGACAGCAGUCAGGACCCGUAUCCUCUGGAGCUGGCGGGCUGCCUUCGCGAUUGCUCCCUGCAAGACUUCAUCAGCCUCACCAGGGGCGUCAUCACCACUGACUGGGACAAGGAGUGUGAGGUGCCAAACCCAGUGCAGGACAGGGAGGUGGUGAUCGGACUGGCGGUGUGCGCGUGCCUGCUCUUCUUCCUGGUGCUGCUCCUGUUCACCGUCAUCUGUCGCCAGAGGGACCCCACGCCCGGCUACAGCCACGUCAUCAACGAGGGCGACGAGCACUCCUGACACUCGUACCAGCUCUUACGCACAGCAGCAGCUGCAGCAGGAGUAGCGGAGGACUCGAGUGACAGCAGUGAUGAUGACGAUGAGGAGCUGUGAACGACUCAAUCAAGCCACACUCACUCACUCACUUUCUCACUCACACCAACCUGCGCAUGCAGCAAUCUGUGACUCAGGAUGUAACAGGGAUGAACAUUGACUUGUAUUAUGAUGACGAUGACUGCCUCAAGAAUUUUGCGUUGUCCAUUUCUUCAGUGAAAAGAAAAAAAAUUACUGAACUUCAUGGUACAACGGAAAUCAAAUGGUGCGCACAUACUGUACCUAACGCUGAUGAGUUGUUUAGAACAUCACUGAAUUGAGAAGCAAUUGAGCAGAUUGAGAAGAUUGAAUUGAGAAGCAAUUGAGAAGAUUUACAAGAGAUGACUGGAGGAUUCCAGAGAAGAGAAGAAAAUCUAAUGGACUUUUGUCAACGUCAUUAUUUAUCUGUGUCACAAUUUAGUGAGUGACCACUUUGAAUGUCUUCUGAAUAUGCGAUGGUUUGAGUCAGGGGUCACGGCAUAACUUUUCAACUGGUCAGUGAAGAUUCUGCGUAAUCGAGGUGUUCUUUAUCAAGAAUUCAGUUGUAGGCAACUGAACUUCUUUUUGGAGAUUGAAGAUGUUUUAUGUCUUCAACUGAGAGACCCGUUUCGUCUUCAACUUCUGCGAUUAUGUGAAAAUCUGACCAAGUUUUUAACUUUAUUUUCAGUUUCCAACCCUCUUCCAGUUGAUGAUCAUCUUAUUCGUGUCCGCCAAAAGCCCUUGUCAAUUUUGGGCUUGUGAAACCAUCCUCACACUUAUUAGGGUACGGUCCUGACUAUGUCCUUUCUAGAAAGGGACAAGCAUCAUUGUGGUGUGUUUUUUUUUUCAUUUGUAAAUUGUUUACAAGACAUUGUGACACCUUUUUGCUUUUCAAAAGGGGGGUUGUGAGGAACAUAAUGUGUAAAGGGAACAGCUGGAAUUGUUUUGUUUUUAUUUUACCUCCUCUGUUUUUAAUGUCCUACCUUUUAGCAUUUUCUGCAUCAUGCUCCUUGGGGGAUCACUGGUUAAUAGUGUGUGAUCACUGUGUACUUGGAUUUCCCAAACCUAAUGCUUCGCUUUAAGCCUGAAUACAUGUAUGCUGCAUGGCAGUAGACCAUCCUUCCACAUUCUGAGAUGCCUUUUAAUGUUUGUCCUCUCGACCCAUUUUCCUCAGUUGAAUUGUUAUAAAUAUUCAAAGUGGUUUCUGUCAAGGCAGGGUAAUAUUUGUCUUGCACUUCACAAGGAGAUUAUCGUGCCAUGAAAGAGACGAUGUGUGCUGGACAGAUGUGUGAAAGUGUGUAUUUAUGUGAUGCAUUUAAUUUUAAAUGUCAAAUGUUGAGAAUCAAGGGGAUCUAGGAAAUUAAAUUCCAAUCUGUAAUGAAGAUGUAAUUUCUCAAUUUAAUUAAGUUUUGUUUUCAAAAGUUAAGUGCAUCCAUUUUUUUUUGCUGGGAAUGUAUAUGUGAAAUAUUUUUUGAAUGGGAAAUUGAAGGGAAUGGAAAAUGUAAUAAAUAAUUUGUUUACUAACAUUUCAUCA